UAGCUAGCCGCUGCUAGCUGAUACUUCUGCUCGAGUGUUGCGGUGCCAACGCAAAAUAUUAGCAAACAAACAAAUCAACGGUUUUAGUAUUUAUUACACGGUCAAUAUAGCCGCGAGAAAUGAGGGGUGUUUAAAAUAAUCCAAAAAAAUAAAUUUGAUUUAAAAAUUAACCCUUUAUUCCUGGACCGCACCACAUAAUUAUUCCCAAAUAACUGGUUUCGUUUGAGUGAGACGGACGGACGGAGGGAGACUUUAUCGGUAUUUCGCUGGUUAAACGUGGACUCUUUACUCAUCGCAAUUUCAAGUGUUGUCUAUUUGUAUACAUACAUGUAUUUUAUUUAUUUGCGGUAAUCAAUUUAUCCCCCACAAAUAUUGAAGUUAUCUAUUGUUUGCCAAGAACAUGAAACACGAAAAAGCUGCUGAAGAUGAAAGAGAUAAGGCAACUUACUUGGGCUUUGAUCUAAGCACCCAAAAGCUUAAAGCCGUCCAACUAAAUAACAAACUUGAGAUCCUAGUUACUGCCGAAGUCAAGUUUGAUAGUGAUCUUCCAGAAUUUCGAACGACUGGUGGUGCCAAUGCGGGUGCUCGUAAAAAUGAAUACUUUGUCCAGCCUGUCAUGUGGGUUAAGGCCAUUGACAUUGUUAUGGAUCGUUUGGUUAUGGAAGGUGCCGAUUUGAGUACUGUGGUUGCCAUUGGUGGUUCGGCACAACAGCAUGGUUCUUUGUAUUGGUCCCGCCAUGGCAUAGAUACCUUAAAGAAUCUCGAUCCCGACAAAUUUUUGCAUUUACAAAUAGACGAUUCAGCCUUUGUCUUAACCCGCACGCCCAUAUGGAUGGAUGGUUCGGCGGAAAAUCAGUGCCUUGAAAUGGAGACUGCAAUAGGCGGUCUCACAGAAAUGGUUAGUCUGACGGGCAGUAAGUGUUAUCCUCGAUUUACGGGUCCCCAAAUACGCAAAGUCUAUCAACAGCGUACCCAUGCCUAUGAGGACUCUAAACGCAUUUCCUUGGUUAGCAGUUUUUUGGCUUCCAUGUUUUUGGGUGAAGUGGCUGCUAUAGACUAUGCUGAUGCUUCCGGCAUGAAUUUAUUUGACAUUACCUCAAAGUCUUGGUCCAAGGCCUGUCUGAAUGCAUGUGCACCCGAUCUGGAAGAGCGCCUAGGGGAACCUGUGAAAACAAAUUCAAUUUUGGGUAAUGUUUGCGAUUUCUUCGUUCAACGUUUUGGCAUGCCUGAGACAUGUAAGGUGGCAGCUUUUACCGGCGAUAAUCCCUCCGCUUUGUCCGGCAUGUUGGUGGAAAAAGAUUGGCUGGUUAUGUCCCUGGGCACCAGUGAUACUAUAAUGAUGAAUUUGGAACAACCUCCUCAGCUGGAGGAGGGUCAUGUUUUGUGCCAUCCCACCGAAGAAGAUCAAUAUAUGGGUCUGCUAUGUUUUCGUAAUGGUUCCUUAGUUCGAGAUGCUUUUAAACGUACAGAGGCUCAAAAUAGUUGGCAAACUUUUAGCUCUUUGUUGGAUUCAACGCCCCGUGGUAAUUAUGGUAAUAUGGCUUUACAUUUCCAUACAAUGGAAAUUAUACCAAAUGCCAAAGGUGUGUUACGUUGGAAUAAAACACACACAGCAGCUUCUCCCGAUGCUGCCAAAGGUGUUAGCAAGUUUACCUCACCUGAAGCCGAAAUACGCGCCUUAAUUGAGGGUCAAUUUUUGCAUAGGAGAGCUGUAGCCACUGAUAUGGGUUUCCAUUUUGGCGAAGAGACUAAAAUCAUUGCAACUGGGGGAGCAUCGGUAAACAAGUCAAUUUUACAAGUGAUUUCGGAUGUGUUCAAUGCUCCUGUUUAUAUUCAGAAAGCUAGUGAGGCAGCAUUAUUAGGAGCUGCAUAUCGUGCAAAAUAUGCCGAAUAUUUAGAUGAACUAUCCAAAAACGAAGAUAAAACUGAGGCAUCAAUUGAAGAAGUCAACAACAGCAGCAGCAGUAACAAUACCAGCGUUUUAAGUUAUCAUGACUUUAUAUUACCAUAUGUACCAAACCAUUUGGAACGAGUGUGUGAACCUUCGAAGGACAGUGAAGACAUUUACACACCUAUGUUGGAUCGUUAUCGGGCCAUGGCUUAUGUUUUGCAACAAAUUAAAUGAUAUUUUUGUUUGAAUUAAAAACAAAACAUAUGAACUAUUUUGAAAAGACUUUAGAGAAUUAUUUUUUGAAAAUAACACUAAACAACAUUCCUCGAUUUUCAAUGUAUCUUCUUUGCGAUUUUAUGCGAAAGCUUCUAUCUAGCGUAAAUUAUUAACAAAACAAACCUUAACAAGUGCAAUCGUUUUUUUUACUCAAAAUAAAACUCGUUUUCAUUAUAAA